AGAUGAUGGAAGUUUUUUUAUAUAUAUUGUAAAUACUAGACAUUCUGAUCCACACUCCAUACCAGUGAGUGGCGGUAAUGCACUAAACCGUUGAUUGCCAACCGCCAAUAAACCUAAAAAAGAAGAAGAACCCACACAAGUGAACAUUUUAAUGUCCCCAGGUUUUCUACAACCCAUGAGUAUGUAGCUCUGUUAUGCAGUGUCACAGUAAAGGAUCUAAUCUCGUACGUGUCUCGAGAUCUUCACAAACAUUAGUUAAGUUAUGAUUGCUGUUCAUACAGCCAUGACUUCAUGCCCCACAGUUCCGGCUUGUCUCUCUGCUACUACUUCCUCCUGCCUUGCGCAAGCUCACAUCGUUGUAGAAUGCGGAUUUAGACGCUAGUAAGAAUAGCUAGCCAGUAAGCUAAAAACAAGCUUCUUGUUGUCAGGCUUCAUACGGGUAAAAAUGUCUAAAACACACGCACAGCCCCCGCCAUCUUCGGCAGUGACGACUACCGGGGCACCCUCUUCGUCCUCUUCGUCUUCGCCCGCUGGGGGCUCGACAUCUCCCGCAACCGUGUUGAACGUGCAGCCCGAGAAACCUCAACAUUACACAUAUCUGAAGGAGUUCAGAACUGAGCAGUGCCCCCUGUUCGUCCAGCAUAAGUGUACACAACAUAGGCCCUUUUCCUGUUUCCACUGGCACUUCCUGAACCAGCGGCGCCGCAGACCCAUCCGCAGGCGGGACGGGACCUUCAACUACAGCCCAGAUGUGUACUGUACCAAAUAUGACGAGGGAACGGGCACCUGCCCUGAUGGAGAUGAAUGCCCAUUUCUACAUCGGACAGCAGGUGACACAGAGCGAAGGUAUCACCUCCGCUACUACAAGACGGGAUCGUGUAUUCAUGAAACGGACGCGAAAGGCCAUUGUAGCAAAAACGGCUCCCACUGUGCCUUUGCCCACGGAUCACAUGACCUGCGCAGCCCUGUUUAUGACAUCAGAGAAGUGCAGGUAAUGGAGUGUCAGGGAGGCUCGGGGCCCACAGAGGGAGGUGGAGGAGAUGGACAGUCAGGACAGGCAGCAAGCAUGGCCCUCAUAGAGAAGAUACUGAGUGAGGAGCCACGCUGGCAAGAUAACAACUACGUGCUGUCCCAAUACAAGACAGAGCUCUGUAAGAAACCACCUCGCCUGUGCCGUCAAGGCUACGCCUGUCCGUACUACCACAACAGCAAAGACAGGAGGCGCAGCCCGCACAAGCACAAAUACAGAGCGUUGCCUUGUCCAGCUGUGAAACAGAGUGAGGAGUGGGGGGAUCCCAGUAAAUGUGAGGGAGCAGAGGGAUGCCAGUAUUGCCACACGAGAACCGAACAGCAGUUCCACCCAGAGAUCUAUAAAUCCACAAAGUGUAAUGACAUGCAGCAGUGUGGCAGCUGUCCCAGAGGGCCCUUCUGUGCCUUUGCUCAUGUUGAAAGGCCCUUUGUUCCAGAGGAGCCCCCAUUCCCCUCGCCAAGCUCCCCUCCACCCCCCAGACCUCCAGACCCUCUUCCGGCCCAGGAAGCUUCUUCAAGUCCCAGCAGACACAAUAUGGGGCACGGGCCUGGUUCUGUUUCGGACCCCUUCUCUCUGCCCGCGGGGUCUUGCAUAGCGGAGCACGGCCUGCUGGGUAGUGUUCUGUCUCUGUGUGAGGACAUGAGCGAGAGAGCGGAGCCUCUGUCUCCCUGGGCAGGAGAGGGAGGGUACGGCAGAGCGCCGGGAUUUGAGAGGGAGGAUCAGGCAAAGCAAAGAAGCUUUGCUCUCGAGCAGCGCAACCGGGAAUUGGCAACAGUACAAAGCAAACAGGACUUGUUGGUGUUUCUGCCCGUGGGAAGCCCUUUGAGCCUGUCCUCCAGCAUCCCUUCCAGUCUGGCCGCCACCCCACCCAGCCCCGCCACUCUCGGACCCCCGGGAUCCGGCAUCUCGUCGGGCAUGAACGCCAACGCCUUGCCCUUUUACCCCACCAGUGAGACCGUGGAGUCAGUCGUCGAGUCAGCCCUGGAUGAUCUGGACCUGAAUGAUUUUGGUGUGUCGGUGUUGGAGAGGAGCUUGGAGAGCAGCUCUGCUCUGCCCAGUGUGGGAGUUAUGCUGGGAGGAAGCCAGUUCCAGAGUUCUGCCCCAGUCAAUAUCCCUGGCUCCUUUAGCAGCUCCGCUCCUUUCGGCUCCCCUUCGCCGUCUCCCCCAAUCAGACCGCACACCUCGCCGUUCUUUUCUACUCAUCUGUCACAACCCGGCCAAUCAGAAAGCACCUUCUUGGGACCAUCUCACAGCUCUUUAGGUCUGAACGGUAUGAGCACUAAUAUCUGGGAGCAUUUUCCAUCCGGCCAGGGCUCCCCCGGCACCCCCCCCACCCUCCUGCCCUCUGGCCCCGGUGCAGAGACCUCCAGGCUCAAGCAGGAGCUGGAGGAAGCUCACAGGGCCCUGAAGCAGUGGGGUCACAGCUGGAGACACACAGCUCAGUUGUGGGCCGCGGUGAAAGCGGACGCAGAGGAGUCGAGAGCCCACGCGGCACGGUUAACCAUGGAGGCCGAGAGAGCCAAGCAGGCCGAGGAGGAGGCGCAGAGACAGGCGUCUCUCCUGCAGGAGGCGCUGGAGAGCCUGAGGAGUGGAGACAACCCCCAUCUAGCACUGCAUCAACUCCAGCUGCUACACCGGCUGCCCUUGGAGUCAGUCCUCAGUUUGAAGGCUCAGCUCUGCAGCUGCUUACACGCUGUGGAACAGGUGGUGUACAGGAAACAGAGACAGUGCUGUGUGACGUGUGGCGAGCAGGGCUCGGUGUCCCUGCCCUGUGGCCAUGGACUACAGUGUGAGAGCUGCUCCGCCUCGACGGAGUGCCCGCUCUGCCCUGAACAGACCCUGGAGCAGCAGCUCUCUUGACCCCCCAACCCACUCGGACCACCACAGAUUUAAAACCAGUCAAUCCUGAUUCCACAGACACCAGCCUUGGAUCUCAACCGCCAUUCGAAAUCAUGUCGAGGUCAUUUUAUAACGUGGUGACAGCACAGGCGCUGAUUUGGUUUUGUAUUUUGAAGACAACGUUUACUGAUGAAUGACCAGCACAGGUCGCUAAGUGAAAGCUCUUAAUGUGGAAUUUAGAAUUAAUAAUUUUUCUAGUGGUUACCUGCGGAACACCAGUACUUUUUUACUAAUGCUCUUGACCAGCAACACUGUUCUUUACCCCUGUUCUGGAUUUGUGAAAAUAACUUCAAGACCUGCUGUUAUUUCUUCUCUAACCCUGCCGAUAAAUCAUUUACAGCCAUUGUUCUCAAUCAUAUUUUGAUAUGUUUUAAAGUAUGAGCUCACCCUAAAGAACAUUUCCGGAGUGUUAUCUAGCUUCUGGAUAGCGUCAGUGUGAUUUACGGAGGUUUUAAAGAUGUUUGCUGUCACCUUGUUCCAAAAAAA